AUGGCUAAUUGCGCGACGCUGAAGAAUCAACAGUUGUUCAAUAUAAAAGGGUUUGACGAGAAUGAUUUGAUGAUGAGAGUUAUGCUGUCACAAAAACCAGGACAUAAUGAUCUUAUCCAAAACUGUGAUCUGCCUCCUCCUACAAAGGUCAUUUCUGGGUUGUCUGACAAUGUAACAGUUAUCAGUCCCAUGAACAGAAAAAAAAUACACAACUUUGUAGGUGAUCAUCAUCAUGUUGAGGAUGAUGGGAGUGCAAAACUGGGGCUUCUGAAGGCACUAAGGUUGUCUCAGACACGAGCACGCGAAGCAGAAGCCAAAUAUGAGGCGAUCAUCAAGGAAAGAGACGCGCUUGGCUAUGCUUUCGUGCAAGAUUCGAUGCAGAUUUUCGCAUACAGGCAGUUUGUGAGGUUGCUUGAAUUCCAAGUCUCACAGUUUGAGCAGCAGAAACAGCAGCAACAGGAGUUGUAUGAUUGUGGGAAGAGAAAACAUGGAGAAGAGGGUGAUGAUGGAAGUGGAAGUAAUGGGUUAACAUUGUUGAUAACUAUGGCUUUCUGUUUGGGGAUAGCUGGGGUUGGAUUUGCCAUUGGUUGCAAAUACUUCUAUUAG